ACACCCUUCUUGAACCUUAAUUCUAUAUAAAUAAGCUCAAAGUUAGAGUAACUUUAAUUCACGUACGCUGCGGUGUGGUGUACGGCUGGCGUUCCAAUUCUCUCGUUUGUAUUUGGAGCAUCUGGAGUUUUGAAUUUCACGCCGCCUCACCCUUUGCUAAUGACGUCAUCGUGCUGCUAAGAGAAAUCUCGAAGAUGCAACGUCUGGCAAAAUUAAGCUGUCAUCUUUACCGAAUAUCCCUAACUGCGUAUACGAACCGAAUAUUCGAACUUAUGUGACCUAUGCUGAUCUUAUAAAUACUAUGAUAAGUACAGUGAAAUAACUUUUGUGUCAUUGAUAUUAUAAAUGUGUAAUUAAGUGCAUAGACAAUGCAUUUGUCGAGUGAAGUGAGUUCCACGACCAACGGGCUGGGGCAUGAAGCGCCGUCCUCGAGUUACGGCGGGCAUCUGCCGAGUCAGCCUUUAACGGCUGAGUUGUUGGCUGAGAGAACGCUGGAAGGUUUACUUGCUGAUCAUCCAGGAGAACUGGUGAAGACUGGCUGUCCUCAUGUUGUGUGUACGGUUCUGCCGCCACAUUGGCGAUCGAACAAAACCCUGCCAAUGGCAUUCAAAGUGGUGGCCCUAGGCGAGGUUGGCGACGGUACGCUGGUGACUGUGCGCGCCGGCAAUGACGAGAACUGCUCGGCAGAACUACGCAAUUGCACCGCAGUCAUGAAGAACCAGGUCGCCAAAUUCAAUGAUCUCCGAUUCGUUGGCAGAAGUGGGCGUGGCAAGUCCUUCACGCUGUCAAUAACCCUGGCGACGAGUCCUCCUCAAGUAGCGACCUAUCAAAAAGCUAUCAAGGUGACGGUGGACGGGCCGAGGGAACCACGGUCCAAGACUCGACACCAUGGCUUCCAUCCUUUUCACUUCGGGCCACGGUUCGCGCCGGACCCUCUCAUGGGUUCAUUACCUUUCAAGUUAUCAGGCAUAGCACAUCAGUUAGCGGGUCUACCUAGCGGAGAAUGGGGAGCUCUAGGCCGGCACUAUCCUCCACCACUGUUGCCGACUCCCUCGCAUUUCACGCCUCACGUAUUGCCGCCGCACGCGCAACCUCCCCAUAUACAGCCGCUUACGGCUCUCGACACAGAUAUAGCGUCAGAAAACACGACGACGAUGCACGCGCACAGCACAACGAGUCCAGCGACCUCUCGGCCUGGUUCACCUCAGGACGACGACAUAUCCGUGACCGCGUCAAGCAGCCCCCCGCCUGACGACCGACCUGGAGCUUUCACUUCAGUCACCAGAACUCGAAAGCCCCUCCAACCACUGCCUGCACCAUCCAGUCUUUUCCACAGCGCUUUAGCCGCUCAGCUAUUUCUCAAUUCCCCUCUCCUCCCUACUCCUCCAGCUUGGCUGUACUCACAACUCUACGGAGGCUACGACUGGUGGUUAAGGCCACCUCCGCCUCAAGAAGACUCUAACUCAAGUCCUGACAGAGAAGAGGAGGCAAAUUCUAACGCCUCGGGGAAAAAGAGACCAGCAUCACCUGAGUGGAACGACCAAGUUAGAACGCGCAGCAAAUCACUUAUUACUUCUGAUAAAAGACCCGUUGAUGUCUGGCGUCCGUAUUAG